AUGGCCACUAUGAGGCAGCUGGUCCAAGCAUCUGUCCCCGCAUAUGCGUGUCCUGAAGGCACCAGAAUGCACAUUCUCAACCUGGGCACUCUAAACGUUGACGAAGGAUGGCUCCUGAUGGGUGUCAACGGAGGAGGUGUCAGCAACCCCAACCCCGUUAACAAGAGAAGAGACCUAAUGAUGAUCGCCGGUCUGAUUGAUCAUCCUGAGAUAGGACUCAUUCUUUUCGAGUGUGGAAGUACGGAGGACGUAAAGAGCAAUGCCGGUUAUGAUAUCAAAGACGUCAAGGCAGUCAUUAUGGGCCACUUACACUUGGACCAUGCGGGCGGAUUGAAUCAUUUCCGUGACACGGGAGUGCCAAUCUAUGUCCACGAAGAAGAAUUCAAACACGCCUGCUGGGCAGCUGCAACAAAUUCUGAUGGUGGGCUGUACUUAUCGGAAUAUCUGAAUCUCAACGGCACAUUGAACUGGCAAACCUUCAACGACUCGCAAGUAGAUCUGUGCACCGGGAUCACGCUCUAUCAUUGUCCUGGGCAUACUCCCGGCCUAUGCAUCAUGCAGGUCAAUCUUGCUGCCGAUGGAACAUUCAUCUGGACGACGGACCAGUACCAUGUGCGGGAGAAUUAUGAGUCAAAUUGGGCACAUGGCUGGCUUUUGCGAGACUACCGCAGCUGGAUUGAUAGUGGGAAGUUUAUUAGACGGUUGCAAAAAGCUUUCUCGGCCAAACUCAUUUUUGGGCAUGACUAUGCUACAGCAGACGAGCUGAUCCAGGCCAAGAAAUAUUACGAAUAG